AUGCAGUUCGAAGAGCUUCUCGACACAGACAAACAAGUACAAUACGCUCAUGCAGCCACCCUACACUACAAGAACACCAAAACCCCAGAUUUCUUGGAAAAGGACACACAUCACAAGAAGUUUCACACUGUAGAAAGCUUGAACCAACAAAGUUCAUCGACCCCGUCUACAGCCACUGAUGCGACUUCCGCCUCUACCUUUUCUGGUCACACCAAUAGCUCGACUUUCAAAAGACACAUUGUAGCCGUGGACGAUAUAUCGAAAAUGAACUAUGAAAUGAUAAAAAAUUCCCCAGGGAACGUAAUAACCAACGCCAAUCAGGAUGAGAUUGACAUAAGUACCCUCAAGACGAGGUUAUACAAGGAUAACCUCUACACUAUGAAUGACCAGUUUCUACAAGCUGUCAAUGACCAAAUUGUAACACUAAAUGCAGCAGAGCAAGAGCAAGAGCAAGAGACUGAGGAAGUUGAUUUGCCAGAUGAUGAAAAAAUCGAUAUACUGUCCAAGAUCCAAGAAAACCUACUCGACGAGUAUCAAACUCUUUCACAAAAGGAACGAAAAUGGUUUGUUUUGAAAGAAUUGCUAUUGGAUGCCAAUGUAGAACUGGAUUUGUUCAGUAAUCGCGGAAGGAAGGCAAACCACCCAAUCGCAUUCGGAGCAGUGGCCAUCCCAACCAAUGUUAAUGCUAAUUCCCUGGCGUUCAAUAGAACAAAGAGAAGAAAAAUCAAUAAAAAUGGUUUAUUGGAGAACAUUCUUUGA